CAGUCUGUGACAGCUUUACAAGAGAGGAACCUCUGACGACGAAUAUUUUCUUCUAGAGGAAGGAAGGAGGAAGAAGAAUAAGGGCGGACCAAGAUGGCCGCGCUGAGGAAGGUAGCAAUCUGCCUCCGCCUCCUCAGGAGUUCUGCACGUAUCCUGAGCAGCAGAAAACCUGCGAAAUGGUCACGUACUUUGUACACAAGUCUAGCGUCUUUAACUGUCGGUGGUGGACUGUGUGCGAUACCUUUCAAACAGGUUGACAACCUCUCUCACGACUCUCUGGUCAAACGAGCAGCCUCUCUUGUAACGGACAGUUCAAGCACUUUUCUCUCUCAGGCUGCCUUGGCUCUGAUGGAUGCCAUCACAGAGUACUCAAAAGCUGUGCACACACUUAUUGCUCUCCAAAGACGAUAUUUGGACUCUCUGGGAAAACUGACUCCAUCAGAAGAGGACACAAUCUGGCAGGUGAUCAUUGGCCAGCGUGCAGAGGUUAAUGACAGACAAGGUGAAUGCAGGCGUUUUGAGGCAACCUGGGUCAGUGCAGUCAAGCUGUGUGAAACGGCAGCGGAGGUAGCGUACACGUCAGGAGCUGAACAUGCGUCCAUCACGAUGAGGACAAACAUUGAAGUAGCCCAGACGCAGGUGCAGGAGGCAAAGAAACUGUCAGCGGAUGCAGAUAAAAAGCUGGCCGAGACUAAAGUAAUGGAGGUUGAAAGAAUGACACAAUAUGCUGCAUCCUUACAGAAUAAUACCGACGAGGAAGAGGUGCCUGAGGCUUAUUUAAGAGAAGACUGAAACAACAGAAAGCAUACAAAGAGGUUUUGUAAAUUAGAACUUGAAGUCAUCCUGACAAUGUCUUCUUUUGAGUUGGAAAGAGUUUUGGCUCUGUGAUUUGUUAUGUAUCAGUCACAGAAAAUUGUGUUCAAAUGUUUGUGCUAACAUCUGCACAUAAACUGCAAUGCUGAAAAAGUGAAACGCACACAAAAUGGUGACAUCUGAAUAAUUCACUGCAGUCUUUUUAAGUGUUUGGUCUUUUAAGACUAUUAUUAGAAUAAUGCCUGUGCAGCACUGAUGACAGUAUGUUUAUUGUAUUGUGACUUGACCAGCAUCAGAUUGUGUGUUAUAUUUUGCCAAAAUUCAUUGUAAUAAAGACAAAACACUAUAUAACAACAUA